CGAGAGUCCACAGAGAGAGAGACAGAGAUUCCAGCAGCAGCCCCUGAUCUGUCUGACAGAGGACACCGGCCUGGAUUUACUGCUCUUAGUUCCUUUUAAAUGAAGAACCAGAGACAAACAUGGAGACUGAGAAAGCUGUGCUCAUAGACGUCUCAGCUUUACAUUAAAGAAAAUGACUCCAGAUCACAGUGAACAUGAAGAAAGAUGCUAAAUGACAAUAACACUCCACUGAAACACUUUCAACACAGCAACAGAGGCUGAAAAUGAGUCUUUCAGAGGAACCUUCACAGGACAAUAUGCAGAAAGAGUCUCAAACACGUGUCCAAGAGGAAGAUUUCACCAACAAAGCUGACCAAGGAGACCAGAAAGAUGUGAAGGUGAAAGAUCUUCUCAAGACACAUCAGAGGGAGAAAAGGACGAUCAGCCCUCUGACUCUCCUCAAAGAGGACUUCAGCCAGUUUAAAGAAGAUGUGCUGAAAGUGUUUAAGGACAGAGAUGUGAAGACGGAGCAUGAGGACAGCCCGUCGAGCCAGAUGGAAAAUAAACUUGCCAGCAGCACACUCAGCCUUCUGAGAGAGGAUCUGAGCCAGCUGAAAGAAGAGGUGACCAGCAUCUUCAAUAUCAGCUCGUCCAAGGACAGAGACGUAAAGUCCACAGAUCCUAAAACCAGUCAGUCAGCAGAGAAAACCAUCAGCUCUCUGAACAAUCUCAAAGAGGACUUUUCUAAUGUCUUCAGAAUCGGUCUUUCAAAGGACAAAGACAACAAGGGCCUUGCUGUGAAGGAAGACUCCAAAAUAAAAGUCCUGAAAGCUGAAAGAACCGAUGAACCCUUUAGGAAUCUCUUUAGAAGAGACCAAAAACCUUUAAAGUCUUCUUCUUCUUCUGAUAAAGCGGAGGACAGUCAGCGGGUUCAAAAGACGCGUCCAAAAAAGAGUGAGGACCAAAUGGAGAAUGGUUUUAGGGGAAAACUCUCACAACAGAAGAAAGAGACAUUUGAUGCUGAGAAAACAAACACCCUGAAAGAAAGGGAGUGCAAAUCGGAUGUGGAUAAAGAAGUGUCUGAGGAGAAAUCUGAGACGACAGCAAGUCUCUCUGAAACACAACGAAGUGAGGAGACAAGUUCAUCACAGACAGCUGAUCAGAGAUGUGGCAGUGAUGACUCCUCUGUGGUAUCAGCAGACGAGAAGAUAAAAGAGGAGAAAGAAGAAGUCAAACCUUCUGACGGUCUUCCCUGGGAGACUCUGGUCUCUGGUAUCAGUCUUUUUAGUCUCAGAGACGUCAAAAAAGAUGACAUGAGGGGUCAGCUGGGAGGAGAUGUGUGGUCAGUGAAAAACUUUGCCUGCUGUUUGACCUUUGACCCCAGCACAGCUAACUCAGAGCUCCACCUCACCAACUGCAACAGGAAGGCGUCUCGCGUGUGGUCGGACCAUCAACCGUCAGACCACCCAGAACGGUUCAAGUGCUGCCCUCAGGUCCUGUGCAGGGAGGGGCUGCUGGACUCAGCAUACUGGGAGGUGGAGUGGAGUGGCGGUGCCGACAUUGGUGUCACCUACAACAGCAUCUCCAGAGAUGGAGACACAGGGAGCUGUCUGCUGGGACACAGUGAGCAGUCCUGGAGUCUGGAGUGCUCAGAGGGAAGCUAUACACCAUGCUACAACAACAAGAGGUUCAGGUCUUCCUCACCUGAACCCUUCACCCACAGAGUUGGGGUUUACCUCAAUUGGUCUGCCGGAUUUGUAUCCUUCUACUGUGUCUCUCAGGACACCCUGGUCCACCUCCACACCUUCAACUCCACCUUCACCGAGCCUCUGUACCCAGGAUUCUGGGUGUGGGCCUACUAUGGCUCAGUGUCACUCUGUCAGGUGGAGUUAGACUGGGAACGACAGCUGCAGUGAACUGCUGACAGCAGGGAGGACUCAGAUGUAAGACUGUAACUUCCCCUAAGAUACAUGUUAGACAGAUGAGCAUGCAGACUUCAGCAUCAAGAGAGCUGAUUGAUUGAUCUGGUUCCUGUCUGGAGGUGGAUUCAUAACAGAAAGAGAAAACAUGUAAGCGUCAUGCUCUGAAUCCGUACUGGUCAUUGCUUGUUGUUGUAUAUUUUUAUAAAUUAUAAAAUUUAGAUUUUUUUAAAGUUAACUGAAGACUUGUUUAUAUUUAUAAUUUCUGUUUUUACCAUUGAACCGUAGAUCUUGGGAUCUUGGCUGUUUUUUGGUCCUUGGUCUCAGAAUGGUUGAUCUCACUGCUGUGGCUUAUGUUUGCCUUAUCUGUAAUAUUAUAAAGGGUACGGCCUAGACCCGUUCUAUAUGAAAAGUGCUGAUGAGAUAACUUCUGUCAUGAUUCGGUGCUAUAUAAAUAAAACUGACUUGACUUAGCUGAUUUACACCCUUAAUGCACAAGUAUAAAACCACCUUUAGGUUCUGGGUCAGUUCUGGUUCAGAGAGUUGGACAUUUAUA